AAGUCUCCCCUUCAGAAUUCAUUUCAGAUCUAUAUAUCCCUCUAAAGUUAACCAUAUAUCUUCUACUCUUUCCCAUAAUCACAAAUUACAUGUAAAUCAGAAGCUUUCAUCAAUGGAAUCCAUAGCUACGGAUGAUCAUGAUGAAGAUGAUCAACCAACAAAUUCAAGUGAUCAAGAAAUUGAUCAAGAUGAUCAUGUACUAGGUACCAAUCAUGGAGGAAGAUCGUAUGAAUGCGUAUUUUGCAAACGCGGAUUCACCACCGCGCAAGCGUUGGGCGGACACAUGAACAUCCACCGGAAAGAUAGAGCCAAGAAUUCGAAUAGGUCGAGUUAUAGUUCGAGUAAUAAUAGAAGCUCAAAUUAUAAGCAAGAUGAUGAUGAUCAUGGUUGCUAUUCAGGCCCAAGAUUCUUCCAACCAGUUUUUGCAAGUUACCCACCAUCUUAUCUUUCUGCAACACCUGCUAAUCAUCAUCAAGAGGGAAGACAGCUUCAUUAUUUUUCAUCCACAUCGGGUGAUCUACGGCCAAUGAACUACGAAAACAAUCAUCAAGAUCAUGAUCAAGUGAUUACAAGUGCAUCAAGGGAGGAGGAGAGGAGGAGGAUUAGCUUACAAUUUGGUUGGUCGAAUGCAGAAGAUGAAGAUUCGGAAAGAAGAAUUCGAGGGGGAGAUAAACAAGAUGAACUGGAUUUGGAGCUUCGACUUGGCCAUGAUCCAUGA